UACAUUUCCCUGAAUGCGUUGCGCUCUAUAAAUAUUGUGCACUUAUGCCCCACUUACUAGGGCUCCCAGUGAUGUGAGAUUGUGCCGAGUACUGUUAGCUCCUCCUUUGGUAACUGUGUAGUGAAUUAGGUCUGCGGGUUUGUAAUAUGGAUUUUCUGAACCAAAUUGAGGAUUAACGCGCUGGUUUUCAGUCUUUCUGUCAGUUAUUCCAAGAGAGGAUUAUUUUCUUUGACAGGAGUUAAUUCGAAUGAGGAAUGUCUGACAAGAUGUCCAGUUUUCUACAUAUUGGGGAUAUAGUUUCUCUGUAUGCGGAAGGGUCAGUGAAUGGAUUCAUCAGCACUUUAGGCCUUGUUGAUGACCGCUGUGUGGUUCAGCCAGAUGCUGGUGAUCUGAACAACCCACCCAAAAAAUUCAGAGACUGUCUCUUUAAGUUAUGUCCUAUGAAUCGGUACUCUGCUCAGAAACAGUUCUGGAAAGCAGCCAAACCUGCGUCAAACAGCACUACUGAUGCAGUACUCCUGAAUAAGCUACAUCAUGCUGCUGACUUAGAAAAGAAACAAAAUGAGUCUGAAAAUCGAAAGCUACUGGGAACAGUUAUACAGUAUGGCAACGUUAUUCAGUUGCUGCAUUUAAAAAGCAAUAAGUACCUAACUGUGAAUAAGAGACUUCCUGCCUUAUUGGAGAAGAAUGCUAUGAGGGUGACUUUAGAUGCUGCAGGGAAUGAAGGUUCUUGGUUUUAUAUACAGCCUUUCUACAAGCUCCGUUCCAUAGGCGAUAGUGUUGUAUUGGGUGAUAAAGUAGUCUUGAAUCCUGUUAAUGCUGGGCAGCCCCUACAUGCAAGUACUCAUCAGCUAGUAGACAACCUGGGCUGUAAUGAGGUUAAUUCUGUGAACUGCAACACAAGCUGGAAAAUUGUAUUGUUUAUGAAAUGGAGUGAUAACAAAGAUGAUAUCCUGAAAGGGGGUGAUGUUGUAAGGUUGUUCCAUGCUGAGCAGGAAAAGUUUCUAACUUGUGAUGAACGACAGAGAAAACAGUACAUUUUUCUGAGAACCACUGGACGGCAAUCUGCUACUUCAGCAACAAGUUCCAAAGCACUGUGGGAAGUUGAAGUUGUGCAGCAUGACCCAUGUAGAGGUGGAGCUGGAUACUGGAAUAGCCUUUUUCGCUUCAAGCAUCUUGCUACUGGACAUUACUUAGCAGCUGAGAUGGAUCCAGAGCAUGAGACCUUGACAAAGCUGCAUGCUCCCCAGGAAAAAAUGAUGUACACACUAAUUUCUGUGGUUAAUGGAAAUGAAAUAUCUUCAAUUUUUGAGCUAGAUCCAACUACAUUGCGAGGGGGUGACAGCUUUGUCCCAAGGAACUCCUAUGUCCGAUUGAGACAUUUGUGUACGAAUACGUGGGUUCAUAGCACAAACACUCCAAUAGACAAAGAAGAAGAAAAACCAGUAAUGCUUAAAAUUGGUACCUCUCCAGUCAAAGAAGAUAAGGAAGCAUUUGCUAUUGUGCCAGUUUCUCCAGCAGAAGUUCGUGACUUGGACUUUGCUAAUGAUGCCAGUAAGGUAUUGGCUUCUAUUGCUGGAAAGCUUGAGAAAGGCACUAUAACACAGAAUGAGCGGAGGUUUGUUACAAAGCUGCUUGAAGACUUGGUGUAUUUUGUAGCAGACGUACCCGUUAACGGGCAAGAUGUAUUGGAGGUGGUUGUCAAUAAGCCCAAUCGAGAGAGGCAAAAAUUGAUGAGAGAGCAAAAUAUCCUUAAGCAGAUUUUUAAGCUGCUACAGGCCCCGUUCACUGAUUCUGGCGAUGGACCUAUGUUGAGACUUGAGGAACUUGGAGACCAAAGACAUGCUCCUUUCAGGCAUAUAUGCAGGCUGUGCUACAGAGUGUUACGACAUUCUCAGCAGGACUACAGGAAGAAUCAGGAGUACAUAGCGAAGCAGUUUGGCUUUAUGCAGAAACAGAUUGGUUAUGAUGUACUGGCCGAAGACACAAUUACAGCAUUGUUACACAACAACCGUAAACUCCUGGAAAAGCACAUAACUGGUGCCGAAAUAGAUACCUUUGUUAGUCUAGUGAGGAAGAACAGAGAGCCAAGGUUUUUGGAUUACUUGUCUGAUCUGUGUGUGUCUAUGAAUAAGUCUAUUCCUGUAACCCAGGAACUCAUCUGCAAAGCAGUUCUGAAUCCAGCGAACGCAGAUAUUCUGAUAGAGACAAAGCUUGUUCUGUCCCGAUUUGAAUUUGAAGUGGCUACUAGUGGUGAGAAUGCAUUGGAGGCAAGUGAAGAUGAAGAGGAAGUGUGGCUGUUCUGGAAAGAUAGCACAUCAGAAAUUCGCAGUAAGAGCAUUAGAGAGCUUGCUCAGGAUGCCAAAGAGGGACAAAAAGAAGACCAAGAUGUACUCAGUUACUACAGGUAUCAGCUGAACCUUUUUGCUCGAAUGUGCCUUGACCGCCAGUACCUUGCGAUCAAUGAGAUAUCCGGGCAGCUGGAUGUGGAUUUAAUUCUUCGGUGCAUGUCUGAUGAGAAUCUUCCUUAUGAUCUGCGAGCUUCAUUCUGUCGUCUGAUGUUGCACAUGCAUGUGGAUCGUGAUCCUCAAGAGCAGGUGACACCUGUAAAAUAUGCCCGCCUCUGGUCUGAGAUACCAUCCAAGAUUGCCAUAGAUGACUAUGACAGCAGUGGAACAUCCAAAGAUGAAAUCAAGGAGAGGUUUGCACAAACCAUGGAGUUUGUGGAGGAGUAUUUGAGAGAUGUGGUGUGUCAGAGAUUUCCUUUUUCUGACAGAGAGAAAAACAAGCUCACUUUUGAGUUCAUCUUGAAUGUGAGGCUGGACUAUCGCAUUUCUUGUCUACUGUGCAUAUUUAAACGAGAAUUUGAUGAGAGCAACACUCAGACAGCUGAUUCCACUCCGUUAUUGUCUGUUGGAAACCAGGAGGGACCAAGUAACGUGCCAGGUGCUUUGGAUUUUGAACACAUUGAAGAACAGGCUGAAGGAAUCUUUGGAGGAAGUGAAGAGAAUACACCACUGGAUUUGGAUGACCAAGGAGGUAGAACAUUCCUUCGGGUACUGCUGCACCUCACAAUGCAUGACUAUCCUCCACUUAUUUCUGGAGCACUUCAUCUGCUGUUUAGACACUUCAGCCAGAGGCAAGAGGUCCUUCAGGCAUUUAAACAGGUACAACUGCUUGUAACAAGUCAAGAUGUCGAGAAUUACAAGCAGAUCAAACAGGAUCUUGACCAACUCCGCUCCAUUGUGGAGAAGUCUGAGCUGUGGGUUUACAAAGGAUUAUGCUCCAGUGAACAGAUGGAUGUGACUGUAGGGGAAAAUGAGCACAAGAAAAAGGUAGAUGGUUUGGGAAGUCCUGUUUCCGAUCAGUCUCAUAAAAAUGAAAGCACCAGCAGCUAUAACUAUCGGGUUGUUAAGGAGAUACUGAUUCGGCUUAGUAAACUUUGUGUCCAAGAAAAUUCUUCUGUCAGAAAAAGCAAAAAGCAACAACAGAGGCUAUUGCGGAAUAUGGGUGCACAUACUGUGGUACUAGAAUUGUUGCAAAUACCAUAUGAAAAGACUGAAGAUACUAGGAUGCAAGAGAUCAUGAAAUUAGCUCAUGAGUUUCUUCAGAACUUCUGUGCUGGGAACCAACAGAAUCAAGCUUUACUUCACAAGCACAUUAACCUGUUUCUAACCCCAGGGAUUUUGGAGGCUGUGACUAUGCAACACAUCUUUAUGAAUAACUUUCAGCUCUGCACUGAGAUCAGUGAGAGGGUAGUCCAACACUUUGUGCGCUGCAUAGAGACCCAUGGCAGGAAUGUCCAGUAUAUCAAAUUUCUGCAGACUAUUGUUAAAGCAGAAGGGAAAUUUAUUAAGAAAUGUCAAGACAUUGUCAUGGCAGAGCUUGUCAAUGCUGGAGAAGAUGUUCUGAUUUUCUAUAAUGACAGGGCUUCUUUCCAGACGCUGGUGCAGAUGAUGAGAUCAGAACGAGAUCGAAUGGAUGAGAACAGCCCACUUAUGUAUCAUAUCCAUCUUGUGGAGCUGUUAGCGGUCUGUACUGAAGGGAAGAAUGUGUACACAGAAAUAAAAUGCAAUUCUCUUCUUCCUCUAGAUGACAUUGUUAGAGUGGUGACGAAUGAAGACUGCAUUCCUGAGGUGAAAAUUGCUUACAUCAACUUUCUCAACCAUUGCUAUGUUGACACAGAAGUAGAAAUGAAGGAGAUAUAUACCAGCAAUCAUAUGUGGAAACUAUUUGAGAACUUUCUUGUCGACAUUUGCAGGGUUUGCAAUGACACUAGCGACAGGAAGCAUUCAGACAAAGUACUGGAAAAAUAUGUCACAGAAACCGUGAUGGGCAUUGUCACCACUUUUUUCAGUUCUCCAUUUUCUGACCAAAGCACAAGUUUACAGACUCGUCAACCUGUCUUUGUCCAGCUGCUGCAAGGUGUGUUCAGAGUGUACCACUGUAGCUGGCUUUUGCCAGGCCAGAAGGGGUCCGUGGAGAGCUGCAUUAGGGUCCUGUCAGAUGUGGCAAAGAGCCGUGCUAUUGCCAUCCCAGUAGAUCUGGACAGUCAGGUCAAUAAUCUGUUCUUGAAGUCUCACAGCAUUGUUCAGAAGACUGCAAUGAGCUGGCGAAUGUCUGCUCGCAAUGCUGCUCGCAGGGACUCGCUUCAUGCUGCUUCACGGGAUUACAGAAAUAUUAUUGAGAGAUUGCAGGAUAUUGUUUCUGCACUAGAGGACCGUCUCCGUCCUCUUGUUCAGGCAGAACUGUCUGUAUUGGUAGAUGUUCUUCACCGUCCAGAACUUCUGUUUCCAGAGAACACAGAUGCUAGAAGAAAGUGUGAAAGUGGAGGGUUUAUUAGCAAGUUGAUAAGACACACGAAACAGCUCUUGGAAGAGAAUGAGGAGAAACUGUGCAUUAAAGUACUACAGACCCUUCGUGAGAUGAUGACAAAAGACAGAGGGUAUGGUGAAAAGCUUAUUUCCUUUGAUGAAGAGUUGGACGUUACUGAGGUUACUUAUUUUGUGCUUCUGCUGCCUACUUUUCCUUGUUCGAGACAGGUCCGUCGGGAGAACUGGUAUGAAGAAGGAGAAUGUUCAGAACAGGGGAAGAAGCACUAUGCGCUACAAAAGGAAGAACGAAAAAAACAUGGACAACAUUUGGCCCAUAAAGAAGGCCUUCCAACAGCAAGUAAGACAUUUGUAACAAAUUUGUCUAGUCAUUAUUUGACUGAAUCUGAAUAUAGUGUUUUGAGUAAGGGACUAACUUUUAUCCCUGCUUCAGAUAUGAAUAUAGUUGACUUGAUUCUAGAUUUUAAGUUGUUUACGAGAAAUCUAAUGCUAAAAACUAUGUAUAGACAGGUGGCUGGUAUUAAGCCUUCUGACCUCUCUAAGUUUGUUAAACCAAGUUGCUAUACACCUAUACUUUCGCCUGUCAUUAAUGCUUUUGAACAAAUAUGCAUUGCUGACAUCUAUGAAGUAUAUAGCAAUGCACAAUGUGAUAAGAGAACUUUUGGUAGGAAUAAUCUUAAUAAACAAGAAUCAUGUGCUUUGCGUGAUUUAGAGAAGAAUGACAAAUUAGUUAUACGACCAGCUGAUAAGGGUGGCCGGAUUGUGGUGUUUGAUGCUGAAUUUUAUAAUCAGCUUAUGGGAGAAAUGUUGUCAGAUGUCAGUUUUUAUGAACCCACAACUUUACAGAAAGUGAAGACCAUGGCACUUUCUAUUAGUAAUGAAAUUAAGUUGAUGGGGAGCAUGGAUUUUAAAUUGAUGUUAAAGGAGAGAAUCAGGGAGCAUGUUUAUCACACUGCCAAAGGCUCUAGGGUUAAUGCCCUAGCAAAACAUGUUAUAGAGAAAGGUACCAACCACAGCUUCAAGUUCAUGGUAAUAUCAAAAGCUAUUGUUAGUGACAGGUUUAGUGAUGUCAGUGGAAGAACUGAAGAACUUGAAGCUAGGUGGAUUGUUAUGCUGAGGGCUACUUUUGGCCAUGGUUUGAAUGACAGUAUGCCCAUGAAGCCAACAUUAAAGAAAAGGAAACUACACAGGAAUUCUGGAAUGUUUUCACAACUGAAUUUGGAAUGUCUUCCUCGUACGCAAAAUAGUGUUGAAGGAUGGCAUCAUCGUUUGAAAUGCCUAUUGGGCACUCGUGCCACCGAUUUAUGUGUUCUAUUGUGCACUUUGGCCCGGGCACAAAACAGAGUUGAGGAAGUAUGUCUUCGUAUGGAAGGAGGGUUUCCUCCAUCACCAAAGAGAAGGAAGCAUUCAUUUUAUUGCCUACUGACUGAAGACAAAAAAUCUGAAAAGUUUUUCAAGGUGUUUUAUGAUCGUAUGAAGCUGGCACAGCAAGAAAUCAAAGCUACAGUAACUGUGAACACCAGUGACUUGGGAAAUAAAAAGAAAGAUGAUGACUUCAUUGAGAGGGAUGUUACAGUUCGUAAGAAAGAAAAAGAAAAUACCUCUCAGAUUACAGAAGAAGUUCGUGAGCAGUUGCUAGAGGCCUCUUCUGCUACCAGGAAGGCAUACAACACUUACCGGAGAGAAGCUGAUUCUGAGGACCACUUUGCAUCUGUGGAAGGACUUUCCUCUUCAGGAGACAAAGACAGAGAUGAUGGGGAAAUGAGUGCUGUGAUUGCUAUAAUGCAACCAAUUCUCAGGUUUCUACAGCUGAUGUGUGAAAACCAUAACAGAGACUUGCAGAAUUUCCUGCGGUGUCAGAACAACAAGACGAAUUAUAACUUAGUGUGCGAGACGUUGCAAUUUCUGGACUGUAUUUGUGGCAGUACUACCGGAGGGCUAGGUCUUUUGGGACUCUACAUCAAUGAGAAGAAUGUGGCACUGAUCAACCAGACACUGGAGAGCCUGACUGAGUACUGUCAAGGGCCAUGCCAUGAAAACCAGAACUGCAUAGCUACUCAUGAGUCCAAUGGCAUUGACAUCAUCAUAGCUUUGAUUCUUAAUGACAUCAACCCACUGGGAAAGAAGAGAAUGGAUCUGGUGCUAGAACUAAAGAAUAAUGCUUCAAAAUUACUUCUGGCAAUAAUGGAAAGCAGACAUGAUAGCGAGAAUGCAGAGAGGAUCCUAUACAACAUGAGGCCCAAAGAGCUGGUAGAGGUGAUAAAGAAAGCCUAUCUCCAGCGAGAGGUAGAAUUUGAAGAGGGAGAAAAUGGAGAGGAUCAUGCUGCAUCUCCUAGGAAUGUUGGACAUAAUAUUUACAUCUUGGCACACCAGUUGGCUCGUCAUAACAAGGAACUGCAACAUAUGCUGAAACCUGGGGUACAAAUGGGAGAAGGCGAUGAAGCCCUGGACUUUUAUGCCAAACACACAGCACAAAUUGAGAUUGUUCGACAAGAUCGCACGAUGGAGCAGAUUGUGUUUCCUGUACCAAACAUCUGCGAGUUCCUUACCAAGGAAUCAAAAUCAAGAGUUUAUUAUACCACAGAGCGAGAUGAACAGGGGAGCAAGAUAAAUGACUUCUUCCUGAGAUCAGAAGACCUUUUCAAUGAAAUGAACUGGCAGAAAAAACUGAGAGCUAAACCUCUCCUGUAUUGGUGCUCUCGGAACAUGUCUUUCUGGAGUAGCAUCUCCUUCAACCUUGCCGUUCUCAUAAACCUGCUUGUUGGAUUCUUCUAUCCCUUUGAGGGAAUCAAAGCAGGAAUAUUAGACCCUCAUCUGUCACUUCUGGUUUGGAUGGCUAUGAUCUUGUCUUUUGGGAUCGUAUUGGCACUACCAAAGCCUCAUGGCAUUCGAGCAUUGAUAGCUUCGACAAUUUUACGCCUAAUAUUUUCAAUUGGUUUAGAACCUACUAUAUUUCUAUUAGGCACUUUUAAUGCAUGUAACAAACUUGUAUUCCUGAUGAGUUUCGUGGGAAACUGUGGAACAUUUACAAGAGGGUACAAGGCAAUGAUACUAGACGUGGAAUUCCUUUAUCAUCUUGUGUAUCUCCUCAUUAGUAUAUUAGGAAUCUGUGUACAUGAGUUCUUUUACAGUUUUCUGGCAAUUCCAAUGCAUUUGGUAUUUGGGACUGCUUCCAAGAUAAUUUUGGCAGAGGUAAUGGAAAAAGAAUACUUGGGGGUGGAAAGUCAUGAGGAACAUCAGGAACAUACCUGUGAAACUCUGCUGAUGUGCAUUGUUACUGUACUGAGUCAUGGGCUGAGAAGUGGCGGUGGUGUUGGAGAUGUGCUUCGAAAACCAUCCAAAGAGGAGCCACUGUUUGCUGCACGGGUGAUAUAUGACCUUCUGUUCUUCUUCAUGGUGAUCAUUAUUGUACUGAAUCUGAUAUUUGGUGUCAUUAUUGAUACAUUUGCUGACCUGAGGAGUGAGAAACAGAAAAAGGAGGAAGUACUUAAAACUACUUGCUUUAUUUGUGGUCUUGAAAGAGACAAGUUUGACAACAAGACUGUGACAUUUGAAGAACAUAUCAAAGAAGAACAUAAUAUGUGGCAUUACCUGUUUUUUAUUGUUCUGGUGAAAGUGAAAGAUUCUACAGAAUAUACUGGCCCAGAGAGUUAUGUAGCUGAGAUGAUAAAGGAGCAUAACCUCGACUGGUUUCCAAGAAUGCGGGCAAUGUCAUUGGUGAGUAGCGAUUCCGAAGGAGAACAGAAUGAGCUCCGCAACCUUCAGGAGAAGCUUGAGUCUACCAUGAAAUUGGUCACCAACCUUUCUAAUCAGCUAUCAGAACUUAAAGAUCAGAUGACUGAGCAGAGGAAGCAGAAGCAGAGAAUUGGCCUUCUAGGACAUCCUCCUCAAAUGAAUGUGCAUGCACAACAGCCUGCGUAAGGAAAGCAGAACAGAUUGUUUUCUUACAAAAAAAUCAGGACCAAGAGCUAUAAAACUGAUGUGACCAGAACGAAGAGUUGAUUGUUUCUCCUGUAAUCUCAACUCUUAAAGAACUACAUUAUUUUUGUGAAUGGUGGGCGCAUUUCAUGGGCUCAGAAAUGCCAAACAUUUUGAAAUGGCCUUUUCCAGUGGAAUAGAAAAAGCAGCAGGACUGUACUUGAUAAAGCUAAACUAACUAUAGUGAUGUAGGAAAGGUGUUUUGUAUUUAAAUAUUAGUCCAGUAACCUCUGUUUUGUAUUUUAAUACAUUUGUGCAAUAUGAACAUUAUGCAACACAACUUGUUUUUGUCUUAGAGAGACAAUAAGCACUUCAACUUGAACUAGGCUAUUAACCUAAACUUUUGUCACUGUCACAAGAAUGGAAAACUAAAUUUACUGGUAGAUUCUCAUUUGCCAUUUAGCACGUGAUAUCACAGCCAGACCUCUGAGCAGUAAUUUCUGAGGUGGGAGCUGUCUAGUGUGCACCAUUCAGUAAUGUGCCCACUGCUACUUGUGGGGAAAAAUAUCCAGUACAGCUGUACACACACAGCAAAUAAUUGCUGGUCAAGUUUUUACUUUUGCAUACUGGUGACUCUUCUUACAAAAGGAAACUGAAGGAGUGAAGAAGGAAACCGUUGCUGAUAUAAACGAGAGAGACAUUGCAAUCUUGUCUGCAUUUUUACCCAAUCCAGAAUAUAAAUUAAAAUAGCAAUGGAAAUGCAAGUUUUGCAGCCUUUUAACUGUACAUUUGCACUUCCAUUCAAAAACAUUAGUGUACUGAAGACUGUGCGUUUUAUUUCUCUGCUGUUGCCUUUUGGGAAAUGAAUUUGGAAAUACUUAUAUCAAAGUAAAGCCAUGUUACUUAUCAUUGGAAAAAGCACUUUGUACUGUGAAUGACAAUUUUAUAUGCAAUCCCUAUCCAGAGUAUAGAAGGGCUGAAGAAUUGAUAUGAAAUAUCAUUGUUUUGUCUUGCAUUCCUUUUUGGGAAAUGUUGUGACUUGAUCUGUAUGUUUUUGACAGUGAGCUCAUCCUUUCAGGGCACGUAGUUGAGCACUGACAAAUAUGUGAAAGAGCCACAGAUGUCUGCUACUGAUUUGUUAACCACUUUAUUUUUUUUUCAGUGGCUAAAAAGUGUUGAAAUGUUAACUUUUGUUAUGUAUGUAUGUUGCCUAGUUUUCUACACAAACCUCAUCUGACAAGAGUCUGACUCUGUAAUAGCAGUGUUAAAAAAUAAAGGUUUAUAUGUAUAAAGAAGUUCACAGAGCACUACUAUUUGAAGGAAAAUGCAAGUGAAGUUGUAAAUGUAUAAAGAUUAUUUAAAUAAAUUUAUAAAUCAAGAA